UCGGUCCGCGAUACGAUUCGGUGUAAUCUCUGCGCGCUGCACUCCGGAGGAUAGCCACGAGAGGGAACAGAGAGAAAAAGAGCACCGUGUACCGAUCGACGGCCAGGACUCGCGAUCGGUGAUCUGUUAAAUUGGGAGAGGAUCGAGAGAGGUAGGUCCGUCCGUCCGCGAUCGCUGGGAGCGCGUUGUCGAGAAACACGAUGGACGCGAAGCGAACCGCGAGACCACGAUAGACCAAGCAACCAGACGUAUUCGACGGCGGAAGAAAGAUUACCGUUGCUCUCGCGGCUCGAUUUUUGUCGAAUCGAGGGAACUGAAACGCGGCUGAAACGCAGCUGCUGCGCGUCCAACGGAUAUUCGUGGUUCCUCCCGUGUCGCGUACGCGCCCACGUGGACCGAUUCUGACAACGUCGAGGACGGCCGGCUGAUAGAGAUCGUCGAUCGUUGCGCGAACGCGUUGAUGUCUCGAUCGCGGCAGCGGCACCGGCGAGUCGCGGAUCAACGUGAGCCGAGCUGCGCGACGAUCGCGAUGUAUCGUUGAGAGAGGCUGAUUUCGCCAGGGAGAAACGACCGAAGAAGCAUCGUGUGGCUGGUAUAAUGUAAGGUGGCCGAGAGAACGACUUGCCAGACGAAAUGACGCGCGACAGGAGGUUGCUGCUGCUCUUGAUCCUUCUGAUGGCUUACGGUUUGUUCGCGGCCGAGGCUAGGCAUCGUCGACGCGAGAACACGGCCAACGACGCGAGACAUCGACACAGGCACAGACACGAGUCCUUUAUCGGUAAGAAAAAUCGUCAUGAGCUCGCGAACGGUCGAUCGUCCUGGCCGCGAGAGCCCGACUACGUCGACGACUACUCGAACGAUUACGAGGCUCGAAUCUAUUACAAAAGAUCGCCGAGGCUCGGUGUUCACGGGCGAACGUUCGCACCGCGGUACCCGGUCGGGUACCACUAUCGCAGGGGUUAUCGCGGAACCGGCUGGCAUGAGGACGACGACGAGAGACGCAGAGGCUCUUCUCGAUACGGAUGGAGAAAUUACGAGCUGAGGUACGACAGGACCAACCGGAGACUCGGCUAUUCGAGGAAUCGCGAGUCCGACUAUGUAUCCGAGGAGGAAGAGCUAGAGCUCGAGACCGAACUCGAGCCGGAGCCUGACACCGGGACCGAAACCGAGACGUCCCGUGACUACGACGACAAUCUAACCUCCGGAGAUUACGAGUCCCACGCGGAAGGAAUGGACGACGAGGAGGAGGACGACGACGAAGACGAGGAGGAGGCUUCCAAGGAAACGGACGACGAGCUCGACAAUGAUUUUUACAAGAGACAGAAGAAGCCGCUUCUGGAGACGUACGACGACAUCAUCAAAAGGUUGACGUCCGACGAUCCGACGACGCUCAGGCCGACCGUCAAGAGAGAGUACAGGAACAUCGAGGCGCACGAUUACGCGAAACGGCUCGCUUUCGGGAAUUUCCGUUACGACUCGAGGAACCUUUCCAGACCACUGCCCGUUCGCGACAAAAUCGCCGCAGGUUCGCGAUACACGAGCCCCGGCAAGAAGACCGUCGACGAUCCGUCCAGGAAGUUGCCGAACGCGUUCACCGAGCGUAAAUCCCCAACGACGAGCGCCGAUCGACGAGAGAAGAAACCCAGGCCGAAGAUCGAAGACGCUCGAGCAAAGACCAAGAGUCUCGAGCAGGAUUACGACGAGUACCUGAAUACCUCGGACAAUGAGAAGGAGGAGGAUCUCGUCGAAGCUGGAAUCGAGGAGGACUCGGGUAUGCAGGCGGACGUCACUAAUACGGACUAUGCCGAGCACGAGGAUGAGGAAGAGGAGGAGGAGACCACGUUCACCGCAUCGACUCCGACGUCGACCACCACGACCACCACCACGAGCACCACCACCCCCAGGCCCGUGGUCAACAAAAAUUACGAUUACAGAGAUUCGAGGACGUACGAUAGCAAUACCGGGUCUCGGUACAACGGGUACCAAUCGAAACACGAUUACCCGCCGAUGUCGGCGCACAGCAUCCACAAGUGGCAGUCUCUGGGCACUCGAGAGAGCGUCAAAGAAACCAGAAGCAACAUGCAGCGGUACAACAAAAACGGAAAGACGUCGGAGAUUCGCGAGGCUCUUCAACACGCUAUGAAGGUGUCUCGAGAGGGUAGCUGCCAGUGGCCACGACCGAGGGUGAUCCCGGUCCGUGACGUUUACCCGAGUCCAUCGACCACCUACAUUCCACACUGCGCCAUCUUGCACAGGUGCUCGGACGACACCGGUUGCUGCAGAUUGGAAGCGCUGACCUGCGUGCCCAAGCACUCGCAUCGCGUCGAGCUCUCCUUUUACACGACGAACGUGGGCGGCAGUAGCGUCGUGGAGAAGCUAUCGUUCUACAACCACACGGAAUGCGAGUGCAGAGAGAGGACGGAGUACGACGCGGCCAACGAGAAACCCUCCGAGCAGAGAGUUUACAGGCAUUAUCAGACCUCCCCGCAACCUCAGAACAUGAGAAGGGCACAAUCGAGGAAACCGUGCCGAUGUCCAUCGGAAUUCACGCCACGGAUCACGCCGGAGGGCGAGUGCCAGUGCAACUGUUACGAGACUCAUCAGAACUGCAUAAAGAUCAGACGAGGAAAGGGAUACUUCUCCCUUGCCGAUAGACUAUGCAUCCAGAACGAGGAGUGCGCGGCGCCUAGCUGCGAGUUUGGCGAGUACAUGAGGCGACAGGGUAAAUGUCCCCGGAAGAAAGACAAGUACGACGCGAUCGUCAACUACCACACAAAUCUGAGCCACCGGUACAGAAGCUAGAGAAACGAAACGGAGACGACGAACAAGCUGGAGGAGAAGUCAGAAGCGCGGGAAACCGCGCGGCGAACAUUCGAUGGUGCCAUUUACUUCCCGAGUGCCUUUUUACCAGAGACUCGUUAUAUCUACAAUGUAUAUGUAUACCCCCACGAACCAGUUAUGUAUAGAUGUAUCCUGCCACUUUGAGCGUCGACCUCACGACUAUACUCCGCUCUCCUUUCUUACUAUUAUUAUUCUCUUUGUUUUUUUUUUUUUUUUUUAUACUAUUGUUACCGACGACGAUCGUAACACGAUGGUAACGUCCGUCGAGAGGCUCGCGAAUCGCGGUUAUAGGAUUCGGCCAGCGGGCUUUCGCGACGCUUGCUAGACCUUUAGAGUGCCCUAGCAACGUUUCUGUCGCGCCAACGACUAUUUCGAUGACCGGUACACGUCUAGUCCGAGAUCCUGCCUCCGUUGGUUCGCGAGACGGAAACUUUUCUUACCGCGGGUUUCACGAAAUCGCCGGACGCCGUGCUUUAAACUGUACAAAGGGAGGGAUGUGUUUUGCGCAGUGGUGCCACCCGUCAGCGACUUCGAGGGUCGUAUACACCAAAGCGAGUUAACCGCGAACAACGAAAAGUAAUUUGCGCACGAUUACAAGAGUCGGUACGUGGAUGUUUAACUUUUUUACGCAUUGCGAUCGAACAAUCGCGGCUGUUUGUGCUUCGCCAUCCAACACGGGGAUCCCCGAUCUCAUUAUCGCCAUUCGUCUUCUGUCUCUGUCGAUAGAAAAUCGGAAGAAAUGUUUUCGGAUAUUUUUUUUCUUAACUUUCGAACGAGAACCAUCAGGCGUUACUUCGUUCCUACCGAACAACGAACCGAAUAAUGUGCAGAAUUAAAUGUACCAAUUACUGUGGCAGUAAGCUUUAGUUACACUUUAUUUCGCUAUAUACUUUCAUUUAUUAGAAGAGAAUUAUUGUUUGGUAAAGUUUUGUGCGUGUUCUCUGUAUCAUGACUGAAACGUGUGUGUACCAUUUAUUGCACACGAUACUGCGUGGAUAUAGGUUUUGUGUAUAGAACCGGUUAGAAAACAAUUAAACAAAUAUACGUGCCUAUUAUACAUGUAAACUUAUUGAAGAAAAAUAGAAUUUCUGCGGUAAUGGGUACAUUUACUCUAUCUCGAGAGAAAAUUGAGCGUAAAGAAGAAAAUUUAUUACUUUCUCGAUGGCUCUAGCACAGGAUGAUCCACGUCCAUCUGUACAGACUAUUAACGACGAAUCUAAAGAAGCUAUCCAAGUAUACGAGAGAAGAGGAAAAGGAUGAAAAUGUACCUACUCGUGACUCGACUGGUCAUUCGUCCCCCUAGCGGCCUCUGUCUCUCUCUAUCUCUCUCUCGAUCUACACUAAACGUGAUUUCUACGCUUUUAUAAACAUUAUUAUAAUAUGUACGUACGUAGUAGUCGACGUGAUCGCGAAACCGAUAAGCGAUCCAGCAUUUAUGAGCCAAUAAAAACUCCGUGUACGAUUCGUGUGUAUAUCGAUUUCACUUUCAAAUGUUUUUCUUUCAAAGCAUAAUCGUUCGUACGCGUGGUCAGAGGUUUUCGCGGUUCGAUCUAUACACGGUCGCAUACGGUUAAAUUAAGCGUGGCCAAACGAUUUCUCACGCCGAAUAUUCUAUCGCUUCGUUUAUCGCGAGAAUAUGCGAACGUCUUUCGACGUUCGGCUUGAUGCUAAACUAGCUACCAACUUUAGGCAACAUACAUAGAUAUACGUAGGCAGCAAAUCAAGCAGGAAAAUUGUAUAAAGAAAUUCAUGAUUAUCGUUUCAAUAAAAU